GAGAAAACCAGGGGAUCCAUUUCUCUCUUCUCCCCUUCCCUCACCUUCUUUCACUCAUAAAGCUCUCCCCGUUUCUCCAUCCGUUUUCCUCUCUUCCCUCUUUCGGUUUCCUCCUCCUUCUCUUUCCACCGGAAGAAGAGAGAAAGAGGGAUAUGAGAGGGAGGGUGAACGAUAGUUUCAUACAAGACUUCAAGAGCUUGAGGGAAAGAACACCACCACCAUCGUCGUCAUCAUCAUAGCACUAUCAUUUCAUAUAUUAUUAUGGAGAAGAGCUCGAUGAGCAGCGGUAGCAGCAAGAGCAACAUGGGUUCGGCCUCAGCGGCCAUCAGCAGCUCCGAUCUCAUCGACGCCAAGCUCGAGGAGCACCAGCUCUGCGCCGGAUCCAAGCACUGCCCCGGCUGCGGCCACAAGCUCGUCAAGCCGUGGUCGCGGGGAAAGCAGGAUUGGUUAGGUCUGCCAGCUGGGGUAAAAUUCGAUCCGACCGAUCAGGAGCUGAUCGAGCACCUCGAGGCCAAGGUCGAGGCCAAACACGACAUGAAAUCUCACCCUCUCAUCGACGAGUUCAUCCCCACCAUCGAGGGUGAGGAUGGCAUCUGUUACACCCAUCCAGAGAAACUCCCCGGAGUGACAAGAGACGGUUUGAGCAGGCAUUUCUUCCACAGGCCAUCGAAAGCUUACACCACGGGGACAAGAAAGCGCAGGAAGAUACAGAACGAGUGCGACCUCCAAGGCGGUGAAACCCGGUGGCACAAAACGGGGAAAACCCGACCCGUCAUGGUCAACGGCAAGCAGAAGGGUUGCAAGAAGAUCUUGGUUCUCUACACCAACUUCGGCAAGAACCGGAAACCCGAAAAGACCAACUGGGUCAUGCACCAGUACCACUUGGGACAACACGAGGAGGAGAAAGAAGGCGAGCUAGUGGUAUCCAAGAUAUUUUACCAGACCCAGCCCAGACAGUGCAACUGGGUCGAUCGGAGUGGUGUUGGCGGCGGUGGCAAUGUUGGGUUGAUGGCGGUUGGUGGUGGUGGUGGUGGAGGAGAAGGAAGCACGAGCGGGAGUUGUUCUUCUUCGAAGGAAGUUAUCAUCCAUCACGGUCAGAGGGAGAGUGGUCUUGAUCAGCUUCAUGGAGCUGUUGCGGCGGUUAUGUCGAGUUACUCUACUCCCAUGGAGAUCGCGCAGCAGAUGAAGUCUCAUGAUCAACAUCAUCAUUUCGGGUUCACGCACUUCAGGAAAAGUGGGUUUGAUGAGGUGGGGAUGGUGGUAACAGGUGGAGGAGGAGAGGCUUCGACGGCAAGGGAAGGCGGGCCGGCCCAAACGUCCGGCACGUGCGAUGAGAUCGGAGAUCACCAUCAUCAUCAUCAUCAAAAUCCACAUCAUCAUCAGACGACGCCACAUCAUCAUCAACAUCUGGCCCACGACCAUCCACAUCAGCAGCAGCAGCAGCAGCGCCAUGCAGUCGCACUAGGGCAUCACCAUCAUCAGAACAUAGCUGCAACUUCGGCGGCGGCGGCGUUCCACAUAAGCAGGCCGUCGCCGCCGAUAUCGGCGAUCAUCUCGCCGCCGCCGAUCCACCACACCUCCAUCAUCCUCGACCAGGAUCCCUACCAUGUCUCCCGCCUCAUGCUCCACAACGAGAUCCACCAGCAGCAGCAGCAGCAGCAGGAAGAGCAGCAGCGGCAUCAUAAGAUGGUCGGAGGGAGGUCGGCGUCUGGCCUGGAAGAGCUCAUAAUGGGGUGCACUUCGUCGUCGGCGGCCUCUGAUAUUAAAGAAGAAUCCUCCAUUGCCAACCCUCAAGAAGCAGCAGAAUGGAUGAAGACCUACUCUUCUUUCUGGCCAGACCCUGACAACCAAGAUCAUCAUGGGUAAAAAAAAAAAAAACAGAAAUAGUUUUCUUAUUAUCAAAACCCUAAAAAAAAAAAAGAACAGAGAAACCUGCACCAUAUAAUAUAUACAGACACACCAUCAUUGUCAUCAUCAUUAGUACUUGAAGCCUCCAUUUCUAGCUUCCUCUCUAGUUCUUUCCAACAAAGAGAAAGAGCCCUCUCUCUAGAGUUUGGUUUCUUUCUGUGGGUUUCUGGUUGAGGUUUUUUUUUUCUUUUUCUGUGAUCUCUUUGGGAAUUGGGGCAGUCAUACUUUAGGUCUCAAAUGGCUCUCAACUGAACUAACUGUCCAUGCUGGAAAGAAAGGAAAGGUAAAGAGGGACAGAAGAAAGGAAAGAGCCAAGAAAAGAAAAGAGAACCCAAGGAAGAAGAAAAAGAGUGAAGAAAAGAAAGCCUGAUGCCCUCUCUCUCUCUCUAUCUAUCUCUUUACCUAGUUUUACCCAUCUUCCUCUACUACAACUGACCAAAAGACCACAAGAAGAGAAAAGCUAGGUUAAAAAUCUCUUCUUGCAGCAUGAAAAUCAGCACCACCAUCAUUACACUAUCAUCUUCUUUUUGUUCAUUUAUUUAUUUCCAAGACACAUGUAUGUAGAUGGAUCUCUCUUCUCAGUCUUUGUAAGUUCUUUGCAAUGUUCUUUGGAUGAGAGGAGCAAAAGGAACUAGAAGAAAAAAAGAAGGGGUGUGGGAAAAAAAAGGUGUCACAUAGUUUGUGCAAAAAAAAAAAAUGCAGGGAGGGUGAAAGGAGCUCUUUGUGAAUUAAUUACUACAUUUUUCUUGUGUUUUGUAGCUAAUUCUUUUUUUUUUAUUUUCUCUAGUCAAAAGUAUCACAGAAUUGUUCAUUAAUUUAUAGGAAAUUUAC